CCUGUUCCUCUUUCCUCAGCGCCUUGCUCCUCUUGCAUGAGUUUUUGCAUGGGAAGCGAGCAAGGUUUGCUCUUUUGCUCCGGGCUUAGCUUGCACUGCACCUCGAGGAGGCCUCAUUGAGACCUGCUGCACCCUCUGUGCACAAACACCCCCUCUUUUGGGGGGAGGCUGAUCCGGCCCAGCCGCAUGAUCGCAGUCAGGUGACGACGUUGAGCGCAGAAGCGGUGUGGGAUAAGCAGCUCAGUGAGGGAGAUCAGCUGCUGCCCCGGCCCUCUGCGAGCUGUUAGUGCUCAGGGAAAAUGAGCGUCUGGCCCCCUCCUCUGCUCUGGAGCUUGACCACGGCGUGUCUGACAGGUAUUGCUUUAGGCCAGACAACCACCACCCAGGCCCCUGUUGCAUCAACCUCGCUACUUCUGAGUGCAGCUACCACCCAAGUCCCUGUUCCACCAACUCCAAUGUCUUCUAUUGCCACAGCGACCUCGGCCCCCACAUCCCCAUCUGCAGCUGGAACAGUGACAAACCUCACCACCCCUACAGCUAUGCCAUCUGCUAUCUCAAGCACAAACCCUCCCACUCCAGCUCUGCCCACCACCCCACGCAUCACCGUGCUCACCUCUGGGAUUGCUACCACCCCUCAUGCACCCACAGCACUAAUGGCCACAUCCAGCAGUGCCUGGGCCACCCCUCCAGAUGCAACUGCAUCUCCUGGUGUCCUAUCAGUGGUCCCGCCCCUCAGCACCACUGAGCCUUCAAACUGCAGCAGAGUGAAUGUGACAGCAUGUACUCCUUGCUCCCCAGGGACCAUUCCCAGCAGUGACACCUGGAGCUGCUCGUGCUGCACAGAGGGCUCAUGCUUGGACCCUGGUGCCUGUGCUCCUUGCCCGGUGGGGCACUACCAGCCUGCGAGGGGACAGCAGCAGUGCCUGCCGUGUUCAAAGGGACGUUACACCAACACUACCAGCAGCACCGUGUGCUCACCCUGCCCACCUGGCCACUAUGCCAACGAGUCGGGGGCCACAGCCUGCAGCGCGUGCCAGAAAGGUUAUUUUAGCUCACAGCAAAAUGCAGCUUUUUGUCUGCCUUGCCUGCCUGGAUCGUUCUGCAACACCACCAGCUGCACGCUGUGUCUGGCCUGUCCUGCUGGGCACGAGGCUCCACAUGAGGCUGCUGAGGGCUGUAUGCUGUGCCGGGCAGGUACGUUCAAAGGUCUGGGUGAUGAUGCCUGCAAGCCCUGCGAGCCAGGGGAAUACCAACCACAGCGGGGCCAGGAGAGCUGUGACCUGUGUCCAGAGAACCACUACUGCCCUAGCCCAGUUGUGAACCCGAUCAAGUGCCCUCCUGAUGCCUUCUGCCCCAUGGGCAGCACCGCGCCCCAGUUCUGCAUGGAGGUCUUCCUGUACAAGGUGGGCAGCUCCUGCCAGCUGACGCCACUGGUGAUCGUCCUCCUGGCACUCUUCUCAGCAGGUGCAAUUCUUAUAAUCUUUGUACUAAUUCUGAGGAGAAGGCAAGAAUCUAGCACAAAGUCUUUGAAGUCCCUGUUGCUACCGCGAGGAUCAGAGCGGCACACAACGUAUGGAGUGAUGGAGCACAGAGAGCCGGUGUAUGCUGGCUGGUAGUGGGGGAAAUGCUACCUGCAAGCACUGUGCUCCCUUUUCUGCAUGGUAAUGCACGUGUGUGCAUAUGUGAAAAAUGUUUGACAUCACCAACCCAUUCCUGUAUAGCUAAAAUAACUACUGAGAAAUGAAAUGCAAAUCAUUUUUCAGCUGUGACUUUUUGUGCUAACCAACCUAGCUAGAUGCUGUUCUACAUGAAAUGGACUGAACAGCAGAAGCUUCCCCUUUAAUUCCUAGCUCCACUCACAAUAAGUAUUUUUUUUCCUUUCCUUAAGAAAUGUCAGCAGUCAGCUAGAGCAAAGAGCAGCUGCUGCAGUACUGGGAUUCCCACAACACAACUGUUUCUACCCGAGCAGGAACUAACACAAAUAUUCUUCCUUUAAGGAAUAUGCACAUUUACUUAUUUAUUUGCCAUUCUCAAAUCUUUAUCUAUACUUGAAAUUGAGGGUCAAAUGAAAAAAAGGAAUCCCAAACUUUCCCCUUCCUCUCAACUGUGGGAAAACAUGUGCAGCUGAACUUAUGGUUGAUUCCUGGACAAAUGUGUCCCUUCCGUUUCCUGCUGCGGUCUCUAACGCAGUGCUUCAUAUUACUCCACAGAGCUACAGAAGCAACACCUUCCUCCUGCUUCUCCAGUGAAAUUCAUUCACAUACCAGGCUGGCUGCAAAGCCCUGCUCAGAUCAUCCAGC